AUGGCUGGAGAUUUUUUUCCUCUUGAGUCCAUUCACAAUUUUAUUGAGAAGACUGUUAUAAUCGAGAAGCCACAAAGGUAUGUGUCAAAGUUCAGGCCAACAGUUCUCGAAGAGACCAAGUCAACAAAUUACAUGAAAACUAUGGGGCCAACCAAAUUGGAGAUGCCCCUACCAGCCAAUUUCCUGAAAAAACACUCCAAAGAACCUAAACUACCUGAGAUCAAACAGGUCAAGAGUCAUUACACCUGUUCGAUGAAGAAACCAGCUGUCCCCACGGGGCCGUUUCUGCCGCCCGUUGGCACUCCACCAAAGAGAAAGGCAACCACACCAAUGGGACCCAAACAACCUCCGUGUGUUGUUGACACAAACAAGGGACACAAGGAGUGCCAUAGUAAAAACUCGGGACUUGUCCCUAUGUACAUAAGAAAAAAGGAUUAUGGAGAAGUACCGAACUAUCUGAUGCGGCGCAAAGCAAAACAUCAAAAGGCACUGGAAGAGUACAACAUUAAUUUGAAAAAGCAAGAACAACACGAAACCAUGAAAUGCCUUUCUGACAAAGAAUGUCAGGAAAUCAUUGAGGACCUGAAGCAAAAAUACAGUGAGUUAAAUGCAGAGUACCUACGCCUCCCCUUCGUGAUAGACACGCCAUCAAUGAAGACUAAAAAAGUGCGUCUGGAGGUUGAAAUGAAGCAGCUGGAAGAUGACAUUAAGCUACUUGAUAGGUUGGACUCCAUCUGCAAAAACAAAUAG